AAAAAUCAGGAAUACAUGACUUAAACAGCAUCCAUACCCGCCAGAAUGGUAAAACUUGGUAGCGUGCUGGUUUUGUGUGUGACAUUUGUGACGUCAGCAGUAAGUGAAACAUGCAACGAGACGCCAUCUUGUUCAAUUUUCCCAAACCAAGACCGCGGUGUUGUAACUCUACAAAGUCUGACUCAGAAAGUGCAGUCAAAACACUGGAUAAUGAUUUACUACACGCAGUUUUCGUCCACACAGACGUAUGGUAAAUGUAACUUCAGAUGGCAUGCUCCAAAUUCCGACCAGAACGUCAAGAGAGAGUUAAUGUGCUACAAUUUUGACUUAAAGGAAUGCGAAGAUUACGAAAGGUUGGUCAAACGGAAGACAUCAGAUUGCAGUAGAGGGGAAGAGAACGGUGUAAAUACAACGAUGGAUGCGAAGUUUUACAGUCAGGAUUUAGACCACUAUUUCUGGUACGACUCUUGUUAUGAGUACGACAGUGACAACAAAUGCACGACGAGAUACCUUGAUCUUCUCGUUAGCAAAACUAGAUACUCUGAUUCUGAUGAUAGUGAACUUGACCUACAAGGACUUCCCUGGCAUCUUAUUGCCUCCGACCUGAAAUAUCAUUUCAACAUGGAUAUGUCGGAUGACAAAAUGAAGUUUUCCUGGAAAGGUCCAGAAUGUGGAUUUGAUGGCAAAUUGAUCGAAACCAGCGGUACAGGAUCGGUCAGACAGAACAUCUUAGCUUUGUUUAUUGCCUUCUCCUUAUACUCGCUGUUAUUUUAGAAUAAUUAUAUCAAAGAUCCUGUAACUCAUUUUUUUAUGUUUUUAUAAAUAUAAUGCUGAAAUGAAGAUUUAUUAAUAUUGUAAGUUCCAAAACGCAUAAUUUGUAAAUAUUUUAAGGAAUUUACAUUUCAUAUUAAUAAAAAAGUCUAAGUCAAAUUUUUCAAUAAGAAAUGAAUGUAUAUUUUUUAAUGAUUACAUGUAAUGUGUUCAAAAAUAUCUGCAGUACAUAUUUUGCAAAUUCUUCGAUGUUUGAAAAUUGUUUUAGAAGCAUAAUUGUAUACAUAUAUAAAAUUUCACUUGAGUGUGGUAACAACCUUAAAUACAACAUAGAGGAUCUUUAAAGAAUCUUACCUAAAAAGUAAAGAAAAUAAAAAAGUACUAUAAAAAGGGUAGUAUAAAGCUAUGUCUUAUAAUAUCUUAUAAAAUAUUGCAUGUUUAUAAAAUAAUAAAGAAAGUAUAAAAAUAUGUUAUUUCAAUACUCGCAAAUAGCUAUAUCAUCUGUAUAUAUAUAUAGAUAUUGUAUGUAAACAGAAUAAAAUUUCAGGGAACAAAACAUUAACAUAUUAUCUUGAGGAUUUUAAAACGAUUUAAUUCAUUUGUCAUUCACUAAAGAAGUACAUAAGCAAAUUUCUUUAAUAAUGUUUUUUUUUUGGAAAUGUUUCUUUUCUUAGAAAACAAAAUCAAAAGAAUAAUGUUAUAAACCAUAGACGGCAUAUAUAAACGUUUUAUAAAUUGUAAAAACGCUCCCAUGUGACUGUUACAUAAUGUGUUUUAUUAUUGUACUGACCUCUACAAUAGCUUUCAAAGCAACAUCUUCUGCUCUGUCUGUAGCAUUGUAUGCAAUGAAAUUUAAGUUUGAAUGAUCUUUUUCAGUGUAUAUGCACUUAUGAUGGCUAGAUUAUAAAAAUCGCCUGAAUUGUGCAGAUUCCAUAUUUCACUUUCGUAUCCUGAAUUCAUUAUCUGCUUAUACUACAUUUAUGUCUUACUACAUUUAUGUCUCGUAUUCUCAUACUUACAUUCCUGCGCGUUUGUAACACCAAUUGCCAUUGGGCAGUCGGGACGGUCGAAACAUAUUAAGACAGCUGAAAUGUUUUAAUAAUAAUAAUAAAGAGUAAACAUCACAAAAAUCGUCUCACAUAGUACAUAUCAAGUUAAAAGUUAGUGAAUUACUGAUUCAAAAUUAAUAAGCCACUUUUUGGCGUAUGAUAUACUUUUAGUACAUGACUGGUGACAUGUCCGGAAUUCACACUUAUUGUCUGAAAGGGUAGAUGGACCCUCAUCAAGCAUAUAAUACACACACAAUUAUAAUUCUUAUACCAUGUUAUUGUCAUCAAAGGAAGGAAUUAUGGGUUAUAGAUUCCUUGAAAAGUAGGAUAUAUGGCUAUGUAUACACGGUUGUUUAAUAUGCACACUUACAGUAAUUAUUGGCCCAUAUAACCUGUUUAAUAACACUUAAUAAUAUCAAGUUAUAUGGCCGGUUAUUUGAACAGUUAUAAACGGUUAGAAAUAUAUAUGUAAGAUUAUAUUACCAGACUCGAAAGACAAUGUAUAUGAUAUACACGUUACGCUUGUCCAAUGAAAAUCGGCGUUACAAACAAGAUGUAUUAUAACUAAUCACAUAUCUCACAUUAAAAUAAUAAAAAAUGAUGUAUCUUAUAA